UCAACGACGGUUCUCAUUACACAACGGAUGAUGCUGACGCGUGUGAGAUAUGGCAAGUGGUAGAGUCGAUGGAACAUGUCAUAUUCCAGUGUCAGCAGUACAGGUUAGAGAGAUUAAGAUUAAAGGCGAAGAUUGUGGAAGCAGGUAGGGAAUGGAGUAUAGGAGCUGUUUUAAGAUGGGCAGAGAAUCAGAGGCGGGUAUGGGGGCUUUAUUUAUUUAUUUAUCCAUGUUCAAAACUGGUUUAAUUUGUAGACCGUAACACCGCAAAGAGGCAUGAUAUUACAUAAUACAGUAGGUGGCGGCAUACACCUCUAAGAUAUGCUUGUACGCCGCCAAUAAACGAAGAAGGAGAAACGGGACGCUAUAUACAUUCGUGAAUUCAUUUGAGCAACUUUCACUAGAUGUUUUCUCAAUUGUCCAAAAUAUUAUUAAUCAGUCUGAAUGUGUCGUAUUUAUUAUUUUUAGAUGUAGAAAUACAGCAUCUACAUUUUUGUAGAUUGUAGAUUUCACUGCGGCAUAUCAAGAGGUGUAUGUAAUGCUUUGGUUAACUGAUUUAGUUUCAUAAAAAAAUAAAAUGAGACGAAAAUGUAAGACGCAGAGCAGUUCCACACAACUACAACCACAUUAAAAAGAAUGUACUGUACGCAUGAGCAAACAGGCCAUUUAUAUCUUAGUAAACGGUAGAUCGAGAGAAGGUGAUAAAUAGUAAACUUUAGUGUGUUUAUCAGCGUACAGUAGAUUUAAUUAUUUCCUCUCUGAGAACAUAGAGACUAUUCGACUGUCAGAGUUACGACUGGCCGAAGAGUCCCUGAAGCUAUCACACAACGGGCUAUGCCCCUUGGUGCGCUUGCGCGUGAAUUGAGCAGUUUUCUUCCUCGCAGUGAAGGCGAGGAGAGCACGCUGUCACCUGCUGUGAAGAGCGGCCCUGUCUACUACAAGUAGAAGGGGUUCCAGCAGCUUCAUCGGCCACCCACGCUGGUACAGUACCUCAAGAUGGACUUCCUGUUGAGCGGCGUGGCGGCGUGCGGAGCGUGUCUGUUGACCAACCCGCUGGAGGUGGUCAAGACGCGCAUGCAACUGCAGGGAGAGCUCAAGAGUCGGGGCACCUACCAGGUUUACUACCGGAAUGUCUUCCACGCUUUCUACACCAUCGGUAAAGUGGACGGCCUGACCGGUUUACAGAAAGGUUUGGUGCCUGGAUUGGUGUAUCAGUUUUUUAUGAAUGGAGUCCGCCUCGGCUCGUACGCCAUCAUUGAGUCCUCUGGCUACAUCCACACGGAUGGAAGGGUCAGUGCGGUGAAGACCACCAUAGCUGGAGCCGCGGCAGGAGUGGUGGGAGCUGUGAUGGGCAGCCCCGUCUAUUUGGUAAAGACCCAUCUGCAGAGUCAGUCCACCAUUGCUGUUGGACAUCAGUAUAAACACCAGGGGAUGACACAUGCUCUGGCGGUCAUCUACAAGAAGCACGGAUUAAUGGGACUGUGGAGGGGCGCCAGUGCCGCCAUACCAAGGGUCAGCGUGGGCUCAGCUUCUCAACUAUCAACCUUCUCUUCUGCCAAGGAGCUGGUGGUUGAUCUUCAGGUGUUUCCAAAGGACAGCUGGUUGGUGGCACUGAGCGCCGGCAUGAUCAGCAGCGUGGCGGUGGUGCUGGCGAUGACACCUUUCGAUGUGGUGAGCACACGGCUCUACAACCAGCCGGUGGAUCACCAGGGCAAGGGGCAGCUUUAUAAAGGAUUUACCGACUGCUUUUCUAAGACGCUGAAAAAGGAAGGGCUAAUGGGCCUCUAUAAAGGUUUGGGAGCCUCUUAUUUCCGGAUAGGGCCUCACACCAUUCUCUCUUUGUUCUUUUGGGAUGAACUACGCAAAUUGUACCAGCAGUUCAGAUAACACCAGGCACCAGGAAGUCUGAGAUGGUCAUUCAUGAAGCUGUGAGCGCACAGGUUAAAUUGAGUGUAUCAUAUGAAGUUAAACAAAAACCAGGGAAGGCUUUUCUUCCUCAUUUACCAAGGAGUGUAUUGAAGAAAGAAAACACAUUAGUGGACUUCAAAAGGAAAGGGGAGUGAAAAUGUCCAACACCGCACUUGGUGACACAGAAUGUCCCAAUGUAGGACGGAAACCUGCGUGGAAACUAGUCGUUUAAUAGAUAUUGAAAGUAUAACUAGCGUAUUUACGCUUGAGUAGUAACCUCAAAUGUAACACCUCUCUGCAUGAAAUGUGGCUUAUGGCUGUUAAAAUGCAAUAGAUGGCCGCAUAAGUGGCGUGCUACCUCUAACCAUUGUUCAUUCCAUGCAAACUUAUCAAGUCCUAUUGAAGUAAGAGGAAAAAAUAGAGCUGAUUUUGUAUCAUAGCCAUCCCGAUGGUAUCUGGUGAUCGCUUCUCGGGGACCACACCCUCUCGUGCCUGCAAUAAUUGUAUAAUACGGACUAAAGUGGCAAACUGACCAACUUUGCCAAAGUAAAAAAAAAAAAAACACUCCAUAGAUUUUGUUUAUGUUAACCAGCUGCAAGUGGUGAUUGAGCUACACUGAUUGAUUAGUGCACUAACAUAUAUAUAUAUAUAUAUAUAAAAUUGCCUUAUAUAUAUUUACACCAUAUGAAUAUGGUAUUCAUCAUAUGUAAAUGAUGGAUACCCAUAUGGGAGAGGAAUGUCCGUUAUUUAUUUGUGUUUCGGAACGCAUAAACUCCCCUCUUGUGUAGCAGUUCCAAUUGAUUGAAUUAUUUAAUGGAUGGAUGGAAAAAUUAGGGUCUGUUGAUUUUCAAUCGACCAUAAUUUGGUGGUUGUAGUUCUCCACUUACUGUACCAUGACAUGCGCAUCUGCUCUCAUGAAGCAAUGAAAUGAUCAUGUUUUUGGAGAUUUGAUGAACAUUUUUAGUUCCCUAUUUUCACAACAGAAGAAAACAUUUUCCUAGUUUUGUAUGUGUAUUUUCAAUUUCAUUUUGCUAUAUGUAUUUAUGGCAGUAGCGAACAUGGAAAGGACAUUUUUGAUGUGCUUGCACCUUGCCGUUUGUUGACUCUGUAUUAUAUAUGUAUUUCACAUGAAUAUUUAUACACAACCUUCUAUGCAUUAUGGAUACAUUUCAAUUCAAAGAUCAGGAAUUUCCUGAUGAAUUUAAAGGAUUUGUGACAGCUAAUCUGUGUAAAAUAUUGUGCCAUUUGGAUCAAUUUUGAAUCUUUUCGACAUUGUUAUUGAGCUUUUCUAAAUAACUACCAAACCUUGCAACGGAUUUGGUGACUUACAUUAAAGCAUUUGCUUGUAAGGCUAUUCAGAAAAGGUUUUCUUGUUUUUUAUUUAAACCAUUUCUGUCGUUGUUACUUUACAUUGUAACACGAGCCAUUGAAGAAAGACUGUAAGUAACUCCAUAUUAAUGCUUGAAUGUUUGUUCCAUGCGGCUAGUGUAGCAGCUAGUGUAGCCGUGUUAACCAUGUUACUAUGUAGUCAUGUAACAUGUCCACUGAAUGUAAUGCAGACUACUCCACCAGAUGACGGGAAUUAUUGUUUGUGUACAAAAAACACAAAUAAAUCAUUUUAUGACAAAAUACACUUACAUCGUGCAUUUGCUUGAUUAUUUGUCCUACUAAUGAGUGCAAUCAUAAGACUGUUGUGCUUUCUCUCACUCACAAGAAAGGUCAAAUGACAGUUUCAGGCAUCAUCCCACAAGAGCACCUGAUAGUGUGACUCAUGGGUGAAUUUCUACACGGGUUUCUGACAUUGCAGAAGUGAAAAUAAGUUUGAAUGCAUUCAGAAAUGAAUAAGGAACCCCAUCGUGGUCACAGUAAUGGGCAUUGUAUUCAGCACCAUUUUCUUCAUCAAUUUUCUCCCAUUAACUUGAUUAAGUUGUACAAUUUGCGUUUGUGGAGGAGCACCUUAAACGCACAACGACGUCCUCAUGUAACACUUGUGACAGUGCGACAAUACUUAGAGAACCGUUCCGCUUUCAGAUAUUCUCAUGAUCGGAAUGUUUGCUCUUUUAAGGG